GGCGUGAAGGAGGCGUUCGGCGUCAGCCCCUGUGCUCUGGGGCUCUCGAGCGCCGCCAACGCCUGCCUCGGCUCCCAGGACAUCUGGGGAGCUCCUGUGCCCCUCGGGCUGGCCGUGACGGCAGCUGUCCUGGCCUUCGUGCUGGGCGCGCUGCUGGUGCUGGCGGCGCAGGCGGCGUGCUGUUCUUGCUACGUGACGUGCCGGCUGGUGCUGGCGGGCGCCUUCGCGCUCAGACAGUCGAUCGACACGAUGCGCGCGGCUCCGAGAAGGCGCAGGUCCUUGGCGGGGCUGAAGCCCGGGGACGUGGUCUUCGUCAACUACGGGGUGGACGGGGAACCAUGGCAUGAGCGCCUGAUCCUCGCGGUCGUGGACCACUGCUGUUACAUCAUCAUGACCCCAGAUGGGGACAUCUACGCGGAGACCAUCAGCCUGGAGUUCCUCCAGGGCUUCAGAGAGGGGGGCCCCCGAGGGGGGCUGCCCCCUGGGCUGGGCGCGGCGCGCGGCCUGCCCGUGCACCGCCUCUCGGCGAAGCCCGUCGGGCAGGAGCUGCAGGACUUGCUCGAGGAGGGCCGCGCCAAGGCGGCCGAGGAGAGAAGCAUGAUGGGCACCCUGGAGGACGAGCCGGAGCCGCCGCCAGCGUCGGCAGGAGCCGGCGCGAGCGCGGCCCCCCCUCUGCCUCCCCCGGCUGGAUCGCCUCCUGCUGGGUCAAGCUCGGAGCUCUUCAAGUUGGUGUGCGUGGCGCGGUCGGCGCAAGUGAACGUGGGCAACACCUUCAUGCUCGCGGCGCAGCACCACGCCCCGUCGGACAGCUUCGUCAGCAACGGCUCGGUGGGCCUGUAUGACAUGGGCCUGCGAGGCGAUCCCGCGGCGCUGUACCGCGUGGAGGUGGGGGAGCAGGAGAGUGAGGUGAUCGAGCUCUUCAGGCGCCUGACGAAGAGGGACAGCGACGCGGGGGGCACGGACACUCCCCCGGUGCGGGCGUCAGGAGCGUCCAGCUCCGAGGACGCUCGCACCUUGCCGGUGCUGCGCGACAGCGCGGGACGGCGCUUCAGGGACAUGAAGAGCGUGGCGAACAGCUCGGACAUGUGUGCCUUCGAUGACUGGGUGCUGGAGGGGCCGCGCACGGCUUUGUACCUGGUGAAGGAGAUAGCUGAGCAGGCGGCUGGUCCCCUCCAGCGCCACCCGACCUGGAAGCACGAGAACCAGCUGCAGGAUGACGAACACAAUGCGGUGACGCACGAUAUGCUCUCGGAGAUCCUCGAGCUGGCGACCACGUUCGACCAGCUCGACGUGUCGAACUUGGCGAGCAUGGAGAGCCUAUGCCGCCACAUCCAGUACAUCGAGCAGCGGAUCAAGAAGAAGCGGGAGGCCGGGAAGGACUUCGACCUGCAGGUGACCUACAGCUCUCCUGAACAGCGCCGAGGUCCUCGCCGUGCUGCUCAGCGUCUGGGCAGGAGGGCGGCCAUCGGCCGACGCUCGAACGACUGCAGCGCCGCCCUCAACAACCUGUAUGGGGACGGCUUGUUUUUGCCUGGAGGAAGACCCUCGCAGGCACAGUUUUCGGCGCUUGACGGCAUCCUGCGCGCGGUCACUGACGACAGGCCGCCGGACCCGUUGCCCGCCCCCGAGGCAGCCCUUCAGGAGUUGCUCGGUACCGAGGCCCUCGACUACGCGUCCGAAGACCUCUCCGUGGUUGCGCCGUAUGAUCGCGGCUUGGUCUCGUGGCCGGACACCGCAGGAUUGGUUGACUUGCUGGACGUGUUGCCAGACCCUGACCGCCAGGAGGUGAUCGACGGUCCCCGUGCGCUUUUGCUUCGGGCUGAGGAGGAGCCGCCAGCGACCUGCAAGGUGUACUGGGACAAGACGCUCAAGGCGGACAGAGGCGAGUACACCAGGUUCGUGCAGGACCUGCUGAACAGGGGCAUGGUGGAGCUCCGUACUCGCCGUGAUUUUGAGGUUGGGAUAUUCUUCGCACGCAAGAAGUCGGGCAAGUUGCGCCUGAUAGUGGAUGCCAGGUCCGUCAAGCAGAACCUCAGGCGUCCCACCUCCAUCCAGCUGGCGUCGACUGCGGCGAUGGUCGGGCUGGAGGCGGAGCCUGGGGACAUGCUGGAGUUCUCGAUUCAGGACAUCGCCGACUGCUUCUACCAGUUCAAGGUGCCGGACUACAUGGUGCCGCGGUUCGGGAUGAGGCCCGCCAGGGCCGGCGAGGUGGGGGCCGAGACCGUGCAGGGCGAGCCGGUGCUCGCAGGCGCUUGGGUCUACCCCUGUCUGCGGGUGCUGCUCAUGAGCUUCUCGUGGGCCAUGAGAUGGGCGCAGCAGGCGCAUCGAGAGCUGCUGCGGCGGGCAGGGCUUGGAGGCAUCGAGAGCGAGCUGGUGGACCGCCAGGUGCCCCCGACGACCUCGGCAACGCCUGUUCCCCGCAUCGUGUACGUGGACAACGAGGUCUUCGUCUCGUCUCGACCAGGUGCCUCUGCCGACGCCAGGCAGCAGGCGGCCAAGAAGAUGUCUAGCGUCGGGCUGCCGCUGCACGAGGUGGAGGAGGGCAAGCAUGUCGUCGAAGCGCUGGGCCUGGAGCUGGAUGGCAUCAAGCUCCGGUGCCGCCUGGCCUCCUCCAAGCGGUGGCGGCUGGUGCAGGGCGCGCGCGCGCUGUUGAGGCGGCGGCUGGUGGCCGGCAGGGAGGUCGAGAAGCUGAUCGGCCACUUUGCGCAUGCCAUGCUGCUGAACCGCCCGGCGCUUUGUAUCUUCCGCGCCGCCUGCGACUUUGCUCGGCGGCACUACCGGGCGCCUAGCUUGCUCUGGCCUUCUGUGAGGCAGGAGCUGCAGAACGCCAUGCACAUCAUGCCGUUGCUCGCGGUGCAAUUCGAUAUGCCGUGGUCUGGGUUGGUCACCUGCUCCGACGCUACGCUGAGGGGCUACGCCGCGCAGGAGGCUGACUUCCCGGUGUCCGAGGUAAGGCGGCUGCAGCUGCAUUGGGAGCCCACCGGCGCGAGGCUCGCGGAGAGGCGCGCCUGGCACCCCGCCGCCGUCGGCGGGCCGGCUCCCGAGAGACAGCUGCAGCGGCGGAGCGGCCCGGUGCCCGACGCUGUCGCGGGGCCAUGGCAGAGUGGCGGCGGCCCAGGUUACCUCGACAGGGCCGCUGCGCGGCUUAGCAACGAGGUCUCGCCGAUCCCCUGCGAGGCCGAGAGGAUAGCUGGCACUGGUGGGCCGACCGUCCUGGAGCAGGGGAGCGCGACGGCGAAUGCCAAGGAGGACUACGAGCGGAGGCUGGAGCGGUUCUUCGGCUUCUGCAGCAUCAACGGCCUGGCGCUCGACACCGACCUGCUGCUCGAGGAGGCCCUGGUGGAGUACAUGGACCUCCUGUUCGCGCAGGGGGGGCCCUGCAACAGCGGGGCCAAGCUGCUGGCGGCAGUGGGCCAUCGCUGGCCAAGGCUCCAUCAUGCCGGGCGGUUGCUGAAGCUGCCGAGGGUGGCGAAGGCGCUGCAGGGCUGGCGACGUCUGGCGCCGCCGGUGACGCGGGCGCCCGUGCCGUGGGCCGCCGCGGCGGCCAUCGCGCUGGCAUUGGUCAGGCGCAGGCAGCCGCUGGCGGCUCUGGCGGUGGCGCUGGCGGCGGACGCCUACCUUCGGCCAGGCGAGCUGCUGUCGCUCCGGGCCAACCCAGCCCAGUCAGAGGCCGGGGGCGACUACCGCUUCGCGUCGCUGGUGUUGAGGCCAGAGGAGGAGCUGCAGCCGACCAAGACGAGGGGCUUCAACGACUCGAUCCUGCUGGACAGCGCGUCGAGGCCCUACCUGGGCGUGCUGGUGGAGCGGCUGGCGAGGCAGAAGAGCUUCUCGGCGGAGCUCCUCUUUCCGUGGUCGGCCGCGGCUUUCAUUGCCAUGUUCAAGCGUGCCGCGGCCGACGUCGGCCUGGAGGCUUGGGAGCUCACGCCGUGCAUCCUCAGACAUGCAGGCCCGUCACACGACUGGCUGACCAAGGCGCGGCCCCUGGACGGCAUCAAGCGACGCGGGAGGUGGAUCUCCGACAUGAGUGUGCGGAGGUACGAGAAGAGCUCGCGGGUGAUGCGGCGCCUGGCGUCGCUGCCGCGGGACUGCCAGCUGCCGUUGGCCGAGUCGGCCAGCAACCUCGAGGCAGGGCUCAGGUUCGGGCGCGUCGGCAAGUUCGAGAGCAGAC